AUGGUCGCCGAUUUUUUUGAGACUGAGAGCUUUGGUGUGAGACCAUCGCCACCUAUCGAAAGCGAGGCCGACAUCCGUGCACGAGCCAUGUUGGAGUCGACAACCUGUCGCGUUGGACCACGUUUCCAGACAGGACUGCUAUGGAAGCACGACGACGUUCAAUUGCCAGAUAGCUACGGAAUGGCGCUCAAUAGGCUAAGGAUCGUUGAAAGAAAAAUGAGUCGUGAUGUUGGAUUUGCUGUCGCCUAUAAGCAAAUCAUUGACAGCUACCUUGAGAAGGGCUACGCACGCAGACUCGCAACGUCUGAAUACGCUUCGUCGACGCCACGUACCUGGUACUUGCCGCAUUUCGCGGUAGUGAAUCCGAACAAGCCGUUCAAACUGCGAAUCGUGUUUGACGCUGCCGCCGAGGUCAAUGGCAUCUCCUUAAACAGUCGCCUGCUUAAGGGGCCACAAGAAUACAAACCGCUGCCGUCUAUUCUUUUCCGGUUCCGUGAACGGGCAGUUGGCUUGUGUGGCGACAUCAGGGAAAUGUUCCACCAAGUGCUUAUACGCCCAGAGGAUAGACGCGCCCAGCGAUUUUUAUGGCGUGACGGUGACUCUGGCCGAACUCCCGAUGUGUACGAGAUGCGCGUGAUGACAUUUGGAGCCGCUUGCUCCCCUUGUGCGGCCCACUACGUUAAAACACGAAACGCGUUAGAACACAACAGCGACAGCCGCUAUACAGCCCGCGCUAUUACUGCUAUUUUGGAAAAUCAUUAUGUGGACGACUUCGUAGAUAGCUUCAACUCGCCAAGGGAAGCCAUCGACAUCGGGGCACAGGUAAGAGCGAUUCACAUGGGCGCCGGCUUCGAGCUUCGCAAUUUUACAUCGAACUCGACGGAGGUGAUUGCUGCGUUGGAUGGCGUUGACGUCGAUAAGGUUAUUGGAAUAAAGAAUGGUCUGGGCACUGAGCGGGUACUGGGUUUGCAUUGGCACUCCACGACUGACAACUUCAAAUUUGGACUCAAAUUCAAUAACGUGAGUGAAGCGGUGAUGAGCGGUACUAGAUGUCCUACGAAGAGGGAGCUCCUCAGUGUGGUCAUGUCCAUAUUUGAUCCGCUGGGGUUCCUGGGUAACUUUGUUGUCGGGGCGAAGCUGUUAAUGCGAGAGGUGUGGAGGCAUGAAACACGCUGGGAUGAACCACUUCCAGUAAACAUUGCUGCGUCAUGGGAAAAGUGGCGGAGGCAACUGCCAUCGGUAGUCAGGUAUACCUGUCCUCGAUUCUACUUCCGCAACGGUGCGCCGGAAACACUACAGUUACACACAUUUGUCGACGCCAGCGAGAAUGCCUUUGCUGCCGUCACGUAUUGGAGAGCCAAGAACGCUCGUGGUGAGGUAGAGGUUGCCUUUAUUUGCGCGAAAUCUAAGUGCGCUCCAUUGAAGCCGCUUACCGUACCGCGCUUAGAGCUGCAAGCUGCCGUAUUAGGAACGCGCCUACAGCAAGCCGUAUGCGAAGCACACUCCUUUAAACCAAACAAACGUUUCCUUUGGUGUGAUUCUACGACGGUCAUCAAAUGGGUUCGAAGCAAGCACCGUAAAUAUAAGCCGUUUGUUCAGCACAGAAUUGCUGAAGUUUUAGCCACCACGCAAGUGUCCGAGUGGCGAUGGAUACCCACGGCAGAAAAUGUGGCCGACGAAGCCACGCGCGCGAACCACGCAAUCGUGUUUGGACCUACUGUGCGCUGGGUACUAGGCCCGUCGUUUCUACGAGAAGAGGAGCAUGCCUGGCCCUCCGAAGAUGCAGUUUUCCUAGACUCAGAUGAGUACGAUGAAGAACUACGACCACAACACGCAUUAACCAUCGUAAGUCAAAAUUUCAUAAACUUUAAUCGCUUCUCUUCAUACAACAGGUUGUUGAGGACCACAGCCUGGGUUAUACUGUUCGUCAAAACCUGUCGCCGAAUUCAAAUUAAGAGUCCCUACGGUCUUAGUGCUGGCGAUCUUGAAGCGGCGAAACUGCUCCUUUGCCGACUGGUUCAGGGCGAAUCCUUCUCCGAAGAAAUUCAGCAGAUACGCGAUGGACAAGACAUAACGAGACAGAGCUCGUUGCUACAACUGCUGCCAUACCUAGACGAGGAUGGUGUACUACGUGCUCGCGGGCGCAUUGAUGCCGCCAGCUGGCUUCCGAUCUACACGAGGCGCCCCAUAAUAUUGCCACCCACUCACGCAUAUACGAAGCUAGUUACAGCACAUCAUCACGUUCUCAUGGGUCAUCAAAAUUCUGAAGCUACAAUAUGCGCCAUCCGCCGCGUCUACUGGGUACCUCGGUUAAGGACGCUUCUACGAAACGUCAGCGCCAGCUGUAAUGUGUGCCGCCUCCGUAAGGCGACACCGGUUCCGCCACUAAUGGGGCCGCUUCCCAUCAAUAGGCUCACGCCCCACGUUAGGGCGUUUACAUACACUGGCAUGGACUAUUUUGGACCCCUCAACGUAACAGUACGGCGCAGCACCGAAAAGCGGUGGGUGGCACUUUUCACCUGCCUUACCACACGAGCAGUGCACCUGGAAAUGGCACACGACUUGAGCACUGACUCCUGCAUCAUCGUCCUUCGCAAUUUUGUUAACCGCAGAGGAGUGCCUGUGAGGUUAAGAUCCGAUAACGGAAAGAACUUCGUUGGCGCCAAUAAUGAAGCCAAACGAUUCUCUGAAGUUUUCGACUGCGAGCGUGUGCAGGGUGAAUUGUCGCAACGAGGCAUCGAUUGGGUAUUUAACUCGCCGUUUAACCCAGCUGAAGGAGGCACCUGGGAGAGGAUGGUGCAGUGCGUCAAGCGAGUGUUGCGCCAAACGCUAAAGGAAGUGGCCCCACGUGAGCACACACUCAAUUGCUUUCUGCUCGAGGCGGAAAACGUCGUCAACUCCCGGCCUCUCACGCACCUGCCCAUCUCUCCCAACCAAGAACAGCCGUUAACGCCGAACGAUUUCCUGCUGGGGUCAUCCAAUACUGCGCAUACGCCCAGUGUGACCGAAAUACCAACCACUCCCCGUGCUAUGCGUCAGCAGUGGCGAAUUGCUCGCCAACUCAGAGACCAUUUCUGGAAGAGAUGGGUGCUGGAGUAUCUCCCGACGCUAACACGUCGUGAGAAGUGGUGUCAACCAACAAAACCGUUGAAGGGAGGGGACUUAGUAUUCCUGUGCGACCCUAACGUUCCAAGAAGGCAAUGGUGCCGAGGCGUGGUGGAGCAGUUGUAUCCUGGCAAAGAUGGUGAGAUACGGCAAGUUGAUGUGCGCACGAACUCCGGGGUGAAGCGAAGAGCCGUUGCAAAGUUAGCCGUUCUGGAUAUUGAAGCUGGUGAAUCGGGAGAUUCACGGGGGCGGGGAUGUCCCAGAACGCCACCUAUUGAAUGA